AUGGCAGCCAUAUUCAUCAUCUCUGACUUUCUGAGGGAAUGCUUGAAUUUCAUCCGUGUCCUGGUGCAACUGAACGACACACACCUUUACACCUGCGCGUAUGCUUUCAAUCCCACCUGCGCUUACGUUGAUCUAACAACAUUCAGUCUGGUGAAAGAUGCAGAAGGCAAGCCCCUCCUCCUGCAAGGGAAGGGUGUCUCCCCCUAUAGCCCUCACUAUGGGAAGCACCGCAAUCCCUCGUUGGUGAGCCACCUGCAAGGGGAGGGGUUCCACUUCCUUAGAUGUCGAAAGUUUGCACCACCCUAUUGCCAGCUUCUGCAUUUUGUAGAGGAAGACAGAGCUCUGUGGGCAGUGAAUUACAAGCACUCGAGAAAACGGGCUGAAGGGGAAGGGAGGAGUCACCUCCUCUCCUGCCUUUACCCUGCAGAUGGCGAACUUUACACUGCCACCCAGGAAAACUUUCUAGGGAAUGAGCCCGUCAUCACUCGAACCCUGGGCAGUAGUUCAGUUUUGAAGAAUGAGGACUGGAUGAGUGGUGAUGCAACAUUUGUGGCCUCCUUCAACAUCCCGGCCCCACCAAAUGACGACAAAGUCUAUUUUUUCUUUUGGGAAACAGCUAAGGAGUUUGACUUCUUUGAGAAAGUGAUCAUCUCCAGGGUUGCUCGCAUCUGCAAGAACGAUGUCGGAGGAAAAUCGUUGCUGCAGAAGAAAUGGACCACCUUUCUGAAAGCGCAUCUUUCCUGCACCCAGGAAGGGCAGCUUCCUUAUACUGUCAUUCAACACGUGUUUGCUGUUCCACAUCCAGGAGGCGGUGCGUUUUUCUAUGGGGUCUUCGUUCCUCAAUGGCAGGUGGGGGGUCUCUGGAGCUCGGCAGUCUGCGCCUUCGACCUUAGUGCUAUCAACAAAGUCUUUGAUAAUGGGAGAUACAAAGAGUUACACAAGAACUGCUCCCGAUUGCUGCCCUAUGAAGGGGAGGCCAUGGAUCCUCGCCCUGGCUCGUGUUCUGUCAGCCCAUCAUCAGACAAAACCCUCGUUUUCAUGAAAGAACAUUAUAUGAUGGAUCAGAUGAUUCAGCCAAUCUAUAACCAGCCCGUGUUUGUGAAGCUCAAUGUGAAAUACACCCGGAUUACAGUACAUCAAACUGAGAACGUCUUGGGAAUUCCCUACACCAUACUGUUUCUUGGGACAGACCGGGGAGCCAUUCACAAAGUGGUGGUCGUUGGCAGCGAGGCUCACAUCAUCGAGGAGAUCCAGCUGUUUGAGAAGCCAGAGGCAGUCCAAAACCUGCUGCUCUUGCCUGAAAAGGGGAUCCUUUAUGUGGGGUAUUCCAAAGGAAUCAUACAAGUCCCGUUGGCCAACUGUGGCAUUCACAAAACCUGUCCCGACUGCGUUUUAGCACGAGAUCCUUACUGUGCCUGGGAUGGAAGGAAAUGCAGUGAUAGCUGGAAUAACAAAUACAAAAGCAUGGCAGGAAAGAAUAACUUUAAGCAGGAUGUUGAGAACGGGAACCCGGGCCUUUCGUGCAUGCGCAGCAGUGGGAAGAGCAGAGCCUCCUCAAGGCCAAUCACCUUGAUUGCCGUAGUGGCCGUGUUUUUCUUCUGCUACCCAGACACAGUGAAAGUGAAAAGCAAAGUACAGGGGUGCAGGAGCCCCCUCAAAGCCAAUAAAACAUCCAGGCAAGAGAAAGUCCUUUUCAAUGGCAGCCAGAGCCUUCUGCAAGUGGCCCUUGCCAGCAAACUGCUGACAGCUCCAACACCUGCUAUGUCAACGUGCUCCAUUCAGGCUAUCAGGGCUAACAAAAACUGCUUGGACUUGGGCCUGCCAAACAGGGAUGACUCCAGAGGAGCCGUGGCAGCGGAGGGGAUCUAGCCUGGCCCACCUGAUUCCUCACCAGCUGUUGCAGAGAACAACCUUUCAUGAUCUCACCAGCUCACACGGGCAACCUAGCAAGAACAAAAGUCUUGUCAUGACUGUGAUGCUAUUACAAAAUGCCACCAGGAAACAGGGUGUUACCUCUGAUUGCAGUUCUUUCCCACCUAGUUCUGUCUGUAC